AUGUCGAAUAAACACAAAUUUUUGGUAUUAAAUCCUUCACCUGAAGGAUUGGAUAAGGUGAUAGAGAAAGCCAAUUUACAGAAUCAAAAGAUUGGACCGUUCGAAGCGAUAUUGUUAUUAGGAGAUGUCUUACCGGCAGGCUCAAGUAGACCAAGCAAUGAGAUUCAACAGAGUGCAUUUUUCACGCAGGGGGUCAAUGGUAUCAGUGAAAAUGUUCCGAUAGGGGAUACAGAAAGUAGACUAGUAGAUGUUAAGUCGAAUUUGACGUAUAUGAAGGCUCCAUUCACCAAAUUCAAACUUGCAUCGGGGUUGACGAUCGCUUAUUUAGCAGGAACAGAAAUAACCGAAGAAAUCCAGCAGAAUAUAGAAAAAGAGAUAGGAGCGGGUAAGAUCGAUAUUUUGGUAACGUACAACUGGCCUUAUGCUAUUGCAAAGCAGCGCAAAUUGUUGUUAGUUGCUAACAAUAAGAUCGAUUCUCUUGUUAAGAAAAUCAAGCCCAGAUAUCACUUUGCAGUGGGAAACGAGCGAGGAAGAUAUCUUGAAAACGAACCAUUUAAGUGGGAUGAUGAAACCAUCACCAGGUUUAUCAGUUUGGGUCAAGAAGGAAGCGGGGAAAAAUGGUUUUAUGCGUUUGAAAUAGCUAAUGAUUUGACGCAAGUGUCACCGGCACAAUUGGCGGAAAAUCCGUUCACCAUCAAGAUUGAAGAUACACCUGAGCCUACUAAGAGGCCUAUAGAAGAUGUGGAUAAGGAUAUCGCACCCAUAAAGAAGGCCAGGGUAGUCACUCCUGAUCAAUGUUUCUUUUGUUUGUCAAAUCCAAAGGUUGAGACGCAUAUGAUUAUAUCCAUUGGUUCAUAUACCUACAUGACAGUUGCAAAGGGACCUCUAACUAGACCAUCUAAAAACUUACCAUUUUCAGGACAUGCAAUCAUUAUCCCAAUAGAACAUAUGGCGACAUUAAGAAAUACGACUGAUAAUGUUAUUGAGUCUCCAAUAUACCAAGAAAUAAUCAAAUAUCAAGAUUCAUUAGUGAAGGCAUUUGCGAUCUCAAAACCCUUUUUAAAGCUUGUCUUUUUCGAAAUCAACCGUAAGACCAAUGUACAUCAACAUGUACAGUUUUUACCAGUGGGUGAAAAUUUAAUAGAAGCCUUUCCCAAGGCAUUGGAAGAGAAGAGUAAACUAAAUAAUGAAAAUUUUGAAAGAAACCAGAAGCUAAAUUUUGAAGAAUUUAAAGAUACCAACGACCCGAAGCUAUUGGAAAUACUAAAUAAUUCGGAUUAUAUCGUAUUCACUAUAUGUCAUAAUGAAUCUGAUAAAACUGUUUAUAUUGCUCAACUCAACGAGGAAUCUAAAGCCAUUGAUCUACAAUUUCCCAGAAGAGUUCUCGCAUAUACUUUGAAAUGCCCAAAAAGAACAUACUGGGAUAAAUGUCAGCAAUCGAAAUAUAAAGAAACACAAGAAUGUGAAGAAUUUAAAAAUUUUUACAAAGAAUACGAUUUUACUAAAUAG